AUGAGGGCCCAUUUAAAUGAAAGGAUCGUCGAUUUCUUCGGCCAAAUUCCAUUGAAUGACCACCACUCUUCCUCUUCCUCACCUCCAUCUCCUCCUUUGUCAUCCUCGGGAUCUCUUUCUCCGGCCAAAUUCAUCUCUUUGACCAAGCUGACACAAGGUGGAGAGCUUGCUGAGAAAGUUGCGGUAUAUAAUUUGGCAAAUAAAGAGGUUGCAAUAAUUUGUAAUCACCAGCGUAGUGUUUCAAAGUCGCAUAGUGUACAAAUUUCAAAGUUGAAUGAGAAGAUAGAUGAAUUAAAGGCUCUUUUGCAAGAAUUCAAAGUAGAUUUGGCUCAGGCCAAAAAAGGGGAGCCUCCAUUGAAGGGCGCUGAUGGCAAGGCAAAGAGGAACUUGGCCCCUGAAGCAUUACAGAAAAAGAUAGAUCAAACAAAUGUGAAAUAGAGAAGCAAAUAGAAACGAAAGAAGAGUUGAAAACUGUGGCUUUGGGCACAUCAAAAA